CUUCUUCCUCUGCUCUCUGCUCCCCAUUUGCUACCUCUUCAUUCUGCUUAUGCUGCAACUCUGCAACCCAAAAGGGGAUUCCCAGUUUCUGGUUUGUUGCUUCUUUCUUCUACUACUUGUUAAUCCAAGGCAUCAUUGUGUUCCUAUGACAGCUCUCCCUUUGUUGAACAUUGAAAUGUAGAGUCUUUUUCUUCAGAUUUCUUUUGGGGUGUUUUGUUUUUAUUCACAAUAUGGAUUCAUGUGUUUGAAUGUGCAUGAAUUAUGCAAUUCAUUACCUGCAUUGGUUCAUUGCAUAUUCCAUAUCAUGCUUCUUCUAGAUUCCAACAAACCCCUUUAGAAUCUGGAUGGAUUCUUCCCUCAUAUUGUUAGUGUUUGGAACUGGGAUGAAGUUGAUUCUUUCAUUCUACCUUACUCUCAUGUGUAUUCUUCUCAUUCAUUCUAGCUAUUAGCCAUGCAGUUUCGUCUAGUAACUCCAAGUUGAUAACUUGUUUGUUGGAUUUGAUCUACAUCAUUUAGAUUUGGGGGUUGGGGCUACUGUUGAAGGAAUGCAGAGAAUCUGUUUGACAAUAUUCUUGUUAGCAGUUCUUGCUUUCGGACAAUCUGAUUUUGAGGCACUUUUGGAACUCAAGAAAGGAAUUAAUCAAGAUCCAGGAAAAGUUCUUGCUUCGUGGAAUUCUAAGUCCUUGAAAUCUGAUGGUUGUCCUCAGAAUUGGUUUGGGGUAACCUGUACAGAUGGGCAUGUGACGGCAAUCUCUCUGAAUGAUGUGGGUCUGGUUGGAAACUUUAGUUUCCCUGUUAUUGUUGGCCUUCAGAACCUUAGGAACAUAUCCAUUUCAAACAACCAGUUGGCAGGAACUAUUUCAAAUAUUGGUUCCAUUCAGUCCCUUGAGUUUUUGGAUCUUUCAGGCAAUGUCUUUUAUGGGUUGGUACCAUCUGGGAUAGCCAAACUGAAGAAUUUAGUACUUCUGAAUCUUUCUUCAAACAAUUUUGAGGGUGCAAUUCCCACUGGUUUUGAUAGUCUUGAUGGAUUGAAGUAUUUAGAUUUGCGGGCUAAUGGCUUUUCUGGUGAUAUCAUGAACUUUCUGUCUCAUUUGGGUGGUGUGGGGCAUGUUGACCUUAGCAGCAAUCAGUUCUCCGGUUCACUGGACUUGGAACUUGGAAGCUCCAGUUUUAUUUCCUCAAUUCAAUAUUUGAAUAUAAGCUACAAUUCAUUGGUUGGUGAGCUCUUUGCUCACGCUGAAAUGCCAUUUUUUGACAGUUUAGAGGUGUUUGAUGCAAGUAAUAACAAGUUAGAAGGCACUAUACCUUCCUUCAAUUUUGUUGUCUCUUUGAGGACUCUUAGACUUGGAAGCAACCAACUGUCAGGUUCACUCCCAGAAGCUCUGUUGCAAGAAAGCUCAAUGGUCCUGUCUGAACUGGAUCUCAGCCUUAAUCAACUAGAAGGACCAGUGGGAAGCAUAACCUCUGCAACUCUAAUGAAGCUUAAUUUAUCUUCCAACAAGCUCUCAGGUUCCUUGCCUAUGGUGGUAGGGCACUGUGCAAUCAUAGACCUUAGUAACAAUAUGCUCUCGGGGAACUUAUCCAGAAUACAGAGUUGGGGAAAUUAUGUGGAAGUUAUUCAGUUGAGUUCAAAUUCACUCACUGGAACCUUGCCAAAUCAAACUUCUCAGUUUUUGAGGCUGACUACAUUGAAAGUGUCCAAUAACUCAUUGGAGGGUGUUCUCCCAGCUGUUUUAGGUACAUAUCCGGAGCUAAAAGCGAUUGAUCUUAGCCUCAACCAUCUUACAGGAUUCCUCCUUCCAAGCUUCUUCAUGUCAACAAAAUUGACAGAUCUCAACCUCUCAGGUAACAACUUCACGGGGCCAAUUCCUCUUCAGGACAUACCUUCUGAAGGUUCUACCCAGAAUUUUAGCUUGGUAACCCUUGAUCUGUCUUAUAACUCCCUAAGUGGCCAUUUGCCCCGGGGAAUUGGUAGGUUCCGUAAUUUGGUGUCUCUUAACCUAUCAAACAACAAGUUAGAAGGCAGCAUCCCUGAUAACCUUUCAGUUGAACUGAAAGGGUUCAAUGUGUCAUAUAAUAAUUUAUCUGCAUUCACAGCAGAAGAACUUUCACGUGCUCCUGCUGAAGUGAUUGGAAGGAGCUGCCAUGGGAUAUUGUACAAAGCUACACUUGACUCUGGUCAUGUAUUGGCUCUCAAGUGGUUGAAGGAAGGCAUAGCGAAAGGUAAAAAGGAAUUUGCAAGGGAAGUAAAGAAACUUGGGUACAUCAAACAUCCGAAUUUAGUUCCUCUUCUUGGCUACUACUGUGGCUCGCGGGACCAUGAGAAGCUGGUCAUAUCAAAUUUCAUCAAUGCAGAAUGUUUGACCCUCUAUCUUCAAGAGACGGAGCCAAGAAAAUUGCCACCUUUAUCUCUAGAUGAACGGCUCAAAAUUGCUAUGGAUGUUGCUCGGUGUUUGAACUACCUGCAUAAUGAGAGAGCAAUACCUCAUGGCAAUCUUAAGUCCACGAACAUUUUGUUAGACACUCCUGAUAUGGCUGCAGUCCUCAGUGAUUACAGUCUCCACAGGGUAUUGACACCAGCAGGCACAGCUGAGCAGGUUCUAAAUGCAGGUGCUCUUGGCUAUAGACCUCCUGAGUUUGCCAGCUCAAGCAAACCAUGCCCUUCAUUGAAAAGUGAUGUGUAUGCCUAUGGAGUAAUCUUGUUGGAACUCCUGACUGGAAAAAGUCCAGGUGAGAUAGUUCCUCUGCAACUUGGUGUGGUUGAACUGACUGAAUGGGUGAGGUUAUUAGCAGCAGAAAACCGUUCUGGCGAAUGCUUUGACAAGGUGAUCCUAACUAGGCAGAAUGAAAAGCAGGCACGGAAAACCCUUGAUGCAAUGCUGCAGGUGGCUCUGAGAUGCAUCCUACCAGCACCUGAGAGACCUGACAUGAAAUCAGUUUUUGAAGAUCUCUCAUCCAUAGUACUACAGAAGGUAGAAGGUGAUGAAAAGCUCUAACUCCACUCUCCUGUUUCAUACUAACCCCAUUGUUUGGUUGUUUCCUUUCAGUUUCAAACUGUUCCUCUAGUAUUAGUUGUAGUGAAUAAGAAGGAUUCUUGAAAAAUGUAAAAGAAAUAAAGUAAUUGGUGUAGAUUUUUGGGGUUAAUCAUUCUUUUUUUUAACCCUUUUAUCUAGAUAUGCAAAUUUUGUUUUAGAUUGUACUAACUGAAUCAUUUAUGAGUAAAACUUGUUCUUGCAU